AUGACCUCAAUCCCUCAAAUUCUGUCUGCCCCGCCCAUGUCACACAUCUCGCCGCGGGAGAGAGCCCUCAAGAAUGUGUGCUCGCGGAUCUCGCUGGCCAGUGUGCCUUUGGCUCGUUGCAUUACUCCCAACUGGCACUUUUCUGCUGUGGACUUGGUGCACACAGUUAUAACUCCUCCUUGUCAUAGCUACUCUGGAGCUCUUUCGUCCCAAAAACACCCCGCGGUGGGAAUGAUGGUCAUGGGCUGUGGUGGGACAAUAGUCACCGCCGCUUUAAGGAUCCAUACUUGA